AUGACCCGUGUCGACGACCUGGUCCUGACUGGAUUCACCGACGCAACCGGCGACACGACCGGCGACACCGACACGGCCGACAACUUCGACCGAGAUAGGUUGUCGACGGGGACGUUGAUGAAGCCCCUAUAUCUGCGAGGCGUGCACGUCUAUCCAUAG